CAACAGGGCCAGAUGUCAAACUAUUUCGAAUUUGGCGUGUGUUUUGAUGCACAGCUAGUUUUCGCGAUAUUCAUUCUUAAUCAGUUACUUGUAAAAAGAUCCUUGAAGGAUACAGAUUAAGUCGAGUUGUUAUUGUUAAAUUGUUGAGCAAAUUUUGUUGAUUUUGUUUGGUGUUCCUUUUCUGCGAAAACAUGGAUAUUGCCGAUGCUAAUGUUGGUCAGUUGCGCGUUAAAGAUGAAGUGGGAAUAAGAUGUCAGAAACUAUUCCAAGAUUUCCUGGAAGAAUUCAAAGAAGAUGGAGAAAUUAAGUAUGUCAAGCCUGCUGGAGAUUUGGAGUCGCCCGAUCGCUGUACUCUGGAAGUAAGUUUUGAUGAUGUUGAAAAAUACAAUCAAAACUUGGCCACGACUAUUAUUGAGGAGUACUAUAGAAUCUAUCCCUAUCUGUGUAAAUCUGUAUCGAAUUUUGUAAAGGAUCGCAUUGGGUUAAAAACUGAAAAGGAAUGUUAUGUCUCCUUCACCGAAGUUCCUACACGCCAUAAGGUGCGUGACAUGACCACCUCCAAAAUCGGAACAUUAAUUCGUAUUUCUGGCCAAGUAGUGCGUACACAUCCUGUACAUCCCGAACUGGUUUUCGGCACCUUUAUGUGUUUGGAUUGUCAAACUGAAAUUCGCAAUGUGGAACAACAAUUCAAGUUCACCAAUCCGACAAUUUGUCGCAAUCCAGUUUGUUCGAAUCGUCGUCGCUUCAUGUUGGAUGUGGAAAAAUCUCUGUUUGUUGAUUUUCAAAAGAUUCGUAUACAAGAAACUCAAUCUGAAUUACCGCGUGGUUGUAUACCACGUUCAGUGGAAAUUAUAUUACGUUCCGAGUUAGUGGAAACCGUGCAGGCUGGUGAUCGUUAUGAUUUUACGGGUACAUUAAUUGUGGUGCCUGAUGUUGGAGUGUUAAAUAUGCCUGGCGCCAAGGCGGAUCAAGGAUCGCGUCACAAGGCGGGAGAAAGACCCGAUGGUCUUACCGGAUUAAAGGCUCUGGGUAUGCGUGAACUUAACUAUCGCAUGGCCUUCUUGGCUUGCAGUGUACAGGCAACAAAUGUGCGUUUUGGUGGUACCGAUCUGCCCAUGUCUGAGGUAACGGCAGAAGAUAUGAAGAAACAAAUGACCGAUGCCGAGUGGAAUAAAGUCUAUGAAAUGUCCAAGGAUCGCAAUUUGUACAACAACCUCAUAUCGAGUUUGUUCCCCUCAAUCUACGGCAAUGAUGAAGUAAAACGUGGUAUUUUACUGCAGCUUUUUGGAGGUGUGGGCAAGACCACACAUGAAAAAACAACAUUGCGUGGUGACAUCAAUGUCUGCAUUGUGGGUGAUCCCAGUACAGCCAAAUCACAAUUCCUGAAACAGGUGGCCGAUUUCUCUCCCCGUGCUGUCUACACUUCGGGUAAAGCUUCAUCAGCUGCUGGUCUCACAGCCGCUGUGGUAAGAGAUGAGGAAAGUUUCGAUUUUGUCAUAGAAGCCGGUGCCCUUAUGUUGGCUGACAAUGGUAUUUGCUGCAUUGAUGAAUUCGACAAGAUGGAUCCCCGUGAUCAGGUAGCCAUUCACGAAGCCAUGGAACAGCAAACCAUUUCAUUGGCCAAGGCUGGUGUACGGGCUACCCUUAAUGCCCGUACUUCAAUAUUGGCUGCUGCCAAUCCUAUCAAUGGCCGUUAUGAUCGUUCCAAAAGUCUACAGCAAAACAUUCAGCUAUCUGCUCCAAUUAUGUCCAGAUUCGAUUUGUUCUUUAUUUUGGUUGAUGAGUGCAACGAGGUGGUGGAUUACGCCAUUGCUCGAAAAAUUGUCGACCUUCACUCGAAUAUUGAGGACAAUGUAGAAAGAGCUUAUACCAGGGAAGAGGUGUUGCGUUACAUUACUUUUGCCCGUCAAUUCAAACCAAUCAUUAGCAAAGAGGCUGGUGCCUUACUGGUGGAGAACUAUGGCCAUUUGAGACAACGUGAUACUGGUACAGCUGGUCGCAGUACUUGGCGUAUAACAGUACGUCAGCUGGAAUCGAUGAUACGUCUAAGUGAGGCCAUGGCCAAAUUGGAGUGUAUGAAUGAAGUACAAGAACGUCAUGUAAAGGAAGCGUUCCGUUUGCUUAAUAAGUCGAUUAUUCGUGUGGAGCAACCAGACAUCCACUUGGAUGAUGAUGACGUUGAUGAGGCCUUUACCGGAGAUGUUGAUAUGGAGCAAAAUGGUGGCAAUGGUAACCAUGUCAAUGAGGAGCCCGACACUGCCGAUCCCGAGGCAGAUGGAAAUGGCACUGCCGCCGUCCAAAAGAAAAAACUUACACUUUCCUUUGAAGACUACAAGAAUUUGUCUACCAUGUUGGUUUUACAUAUGCGCAACGAAGAAGCCCGCUGUGAAGUGGAGGGUACUGAUUCCGGCAUGAAACGCAGCGAUGUGGUUACAUGGUAUUUGGAACAAGUUGCCGAUCAAAUUGAGUCUGAAGAUGAAUUGAUUUCCCGUAAAAAUCUUAUAGAAAAGGUUAUCGAUCGUCUCAUCUAUCACGAUCAGGUUAUAAUACCACUUAAGACUACCGAAUUAAAACAGGCCGGUAAAAGUCCCAAACGCCCAGACGAAGAUGAGGAUGAAGAUGAUCCCCUCUUGGUGGUACAUCCAAAUUAUAUUAUAGAGUAAAAUUGCAAUUGUUAAGAUAUCAUUUUUUAAAGAAAACUCCACUUCAUCAAAAAUAUUUUCCAAAAUUUGACAUCCUAGUUCGUAAGAGUUAAGUUGUAGUCUGUAAGCAAUGCCAAAUUCUUUUAUACACAACACCGAUUUGCAAAAUAAAAACCACUUUCCUUUUUGUUAAAAAAA